AUGAGCGAUUCAUCGCGAUAUUAUGAACCUUCAUUUAAGAAAUGUGUCAUCGAUUUUUAUCUUCGAAAUCAAUCGAACCUUAGUUUCCGUUCCGUUGCUAAUCAUUUCCAAAUUCCAGGUGGUCAUGCAACGGUGAAGCGGUGGUAUGAUCGAUAUAAUGGUAAUGUUUCAUCGUUACAACAUCAUCAUCGUUCAGGACGAGCACCAAUAUUAAAUAAAAAACAAAUUAAUCAAAUCAUUAUGAUGGUUAUUCGUUCUCAUAAUCGUCUUUCACGUCCUAUCAAUUAUGCAAAACUCCAACAUUACGUCUUAGGCUUCAACGAGUUUCCAAUAAAAAAAAUUAUUUUUCUCAAUGAAACUCAUAUCAAAAUCAACGAAGUGCCAACAACAACUUUAGUAGGUCUAGGAGAAAUGCCGUAUGUUGCUGUUACUGAUUCAUCAUCAUACGCUGCUCGUUUCGACAUGAUUGCUGCCAUUGUUGGUGAUCAAGUGUUGCCACCAAUCGUAUAUUCACCACAAGAUAGAAAAACAAGAGAGGUUAAAGGAAUCAAUAGCCAAAUGUUAAUCGAUUUCAUUGAAGACAUUUUGUGUCCUGCAAAAAUUGCACUCGAUCUUUUUCCACAAUAUCUUGUACUAGAUAAGUACGGACUUGACAAAGAUAUUGAUUAUACCUUCUCAAGCAGUGAAACGAAUCAAUCCAUUGGACAAUGUUUUGUUCCACGAAUGGAAAGAAUGGAUUAG